UCAGCUGUUCCUCGAGAAAAACAGCACUGGAUCUUCAAAGCCACCUAAAUCUAUACAUCACACAACAGCCUUGCGUUUAAAACAUCAACGCCAAUGUGCAUCCACUCUGCAGCUGCUUGUUUGGCUUGUGCAAAGCGAGCCUGAUUCAUGGCGUUAAAAAAAGAUCUUGCUGUACACGAGAAUGGUCUGAAGUGAUUUGUGUGGGACACAAGACAUCCCGAGUGGGCUUCACUGUGGAGAAUCACUCAAACACUUCCAUCUGGAUGUGAAGACCGGACCUGUCUCUCACCUCCUCCUGCAUUUUUUCUUGAAGUUUUUUUGGUUUCUUUUCCAUUUUUUUUUUGGUGGCUGCGAGGGGAUCAUGGGGGGAGCCGUCAGUGCUGGUGAGGAUAAUGAUGAAUUGAUUGACAACCUGAAGGACGCCCAGUAUAUCCGCACGGACCGCGUCGAACAGGCCUUUAGGGCCAUAGAUCGUGGAGAUUACUACCUGGAGGGCUACAGAGAAAAUGCCUAUAAAGAUCUAGCAUGGAAGAAUGGGAAUAUACACCUCUCUGCACCAUGUAUCUAUUCGGAGGUGAUGGAGGCUUUGAAACUCCGGCAGGGUUUGUCUUUCCUUAACCUGGGCAGUGGCACGGGAUACCUGAGCACCAUGGUGGGCCUCAUCAUUGGUCCCUUUGGAGUAAAUCACGGCGUUGAGCUCCACAAGGAUGUUGUGGAAUAUGCAAAAGAAAGACUUGAUGACUUCAUUAAAAACAGCGACAGCUUUGACAGGUUUGAAUUCUGUGAACCACACUUUGUGGUGGGGAACUGCCUGGAGAUUUCAUCAGACAGUCAUCAGUAUGAUCGUGUUUACUGCGGGGCUGGAGUCCAAAAGGACCAUGAGAACUACAUGAAGAUCCUGCUGAAAGUUGGAGGGAUUUUGGUCAUGCCAAUAGAUGAUCAGCUGACUCAGAUCACUAGAACCAGUCAGAGUUCCUGGGAGAGUAAGAACAUCCUGGCGGUGUCAUUUGCUCCUCUUGUUCAGCAGAGCAGGACUGACGGCUGCAAGCCUGAUGCUGUGGAUCUACCCCCUUUGACAGUGAGGAGUCUUCAGGACCUGUCACGAAUCUACAUUCGCCGAACCCUCCGCAACCCGACCAAUGAUGAUAGCGGCGGCCGUAACACCACGCAAAGAGCGUCUCAGAAGCGCAAACGCAGGCGCUGUCGGCGCCGGCGCCGAAUCAACACCUACGUCUUCGUCGGGAACCAGUUGAUUCCUGAACCCAUGGACAGCGAGGAAGACGAAUGCAUUGAAGAGGAGAGCAAAGAGGAAGAGCAGGAGAAAGACAUUGAGCCUAUCAAACCCGAGGAACCCCAAGUCAACCACCUGAGAGACAAAAUUUUUAGUCUGCCGCUACCAGAGUCGUUGAAGGCGUACCUGCUGUACUACCGUGAGAAAUAACAGCGCAUAUAACCGCUCAUUCAGUCUACGAAUUAAUUGGUGGUGGUGGUUUUCCUUCUGACAUCUUCUGGCCCUGAAUUUCAUCGUUUUUUUUUGUUCACAUUUUGAAUGUGAUUUUUGAAGAUGGAGGACCUAAUGAGGACCAUUGGUGGUUGAAAAGCUUCUAGCUCACCUUGUUUGUAUUCAGAGAAUGAGCUUGCUAAAAUUGUUUGGCAAAUGUAAUUGAAGAAUUGAUAUUUUUCAUAGGCUUAUCUUGUAAGACGGAAUAUUUGAUGAAACCAGUAAUGACAGUUUUCUUUGUUUUUUCCAUUGUAGGGAGAAUGAAAAUCUGUAGUCAUUAUUUUGCAAUUGAUUUUUGCCUUUGUUUAGUCUCCGACUUGGGAGUUUUUGCUGUUUAUGAAGCUAAUGCUUUCAGUAUUUCUUCGGACUGUUUUAGUGAAGUUCCAUCUAGAGAUGAUUUCUGACCUGUGUGUCGCAUUUGUACUUUUUUCACUUUCUAGUCACAUUUGUAAUUACUGAUAUUGAGCGGCCUCUUAAUAGAUUAUGUAAUUCUUUGGUUGUUCUUUAUUUUGCCUGCCGGUCUUUCAAGGCAACUCGACCUGAAGACGUGAAGUUCACUAUCUGCUUGUGAUCAUAAAAUGUAAGAGACGUCACUGUUUGUUUCGGUUUGUAAUCGGUGAUUUCACACUGUCGUAACUACUUAUUUGCAAUAUAUUGUCAGCAUAAGAAAUCUGUGGCUUAAUUUUAGUUAUUGUAAUGAUUUGAAAUUAUCGCUUGACUCUGCAUACGGAAGAAAGGAAACGUCCCGUCUGCCAGUGGUCAUCAGAAAGAUUGUUCUAACCCUAAUUACCAUGUCAGGAUGUUCAAACAAACACCGUUCGAGGGAAUCGGCCUACGAAUGGUUUACUUAUAGUUGCCUCUUCACAUUAAACUAGGAUAGAAGAAAUUAUUUAACAUUGAAACAGCAACUGUAACAUUCAGGCCAGAAACAUACUUGCGUACUACGCAAGUACGUCAACACAGAUGUGAGCGCUUGGCCAACACCAGACUGAACAUGCGUUCUUGCGUUACUGUGGCGGUAACCAAACUCAGUGCUCAAGGGGACAGUAGAGUUACCUUCAAAAGUCAGUGCCAUUACACCGGAUGUGAUAAUAUUCAGGGAAGUUUCUAUAAAUGUACUGACUUAAACUUGCUCCGCAAUAUUCCCUUCAAACUGGUGCUCCACCAUGACAGUAGCUGACUUUAAAUAGGAAACUCGCCAUAGAAGUGGAUAUUCACACUGAUGUGCACUAUAGUGUCCCUUGCAGCAAUGUUGAGAAUGCAACGCUUCAAGUUAUGAAUUGCCAUCUGACUAAUUUUGUAAAGCAACAACACACGCAAAUCGACCUUGCGUAGCUAGAAGUGUCUGCGAUAACUACUUGCGCAAAGUAUGCUUCGGCCAUUAUUAGUCAUGAACAAAGCAGUCAUUGCGUGAAAUACUGAUAAUGAUUAUCAGAUGACGAUUUUGAAACAUACAGUGUUGCAGGUAAAUAAUUACCUGCAACACAUUGUGUCUCCCAUUAUUUAUACUGAAAUGACGGUGAUAGGGAAAGCAGAAUGUAAAAUAUUAGCCAAAAUUAUGCUUUAAAUUUGGCCUUAAAGAUGUCAAUGUUUGUUGUAGUUUGUUGCCAUUGUCUGUGGAAUAAAAGGAAUAUUCUAGUUUCAAUACAAGUUACGCUUAAUCGACAGCAGUUGAGGCAUACGUUUGAUUUAACACAAUUGUUCCUCCUUUUCUUUAAAACAAGCACAAAUCUGGGUUACAGUGAGGUACUUACAAUGGAAGUCAAUGGGGCCAAUUUUUUAAAGUUAAAUGGUCUGCACUUAUAUAGCGCCUUUUUUUAACCAUAGCGGUUACCAAAGCGCUUUACACUGUGUCCCAUUCACACUCACAUUCACACUCACUCACACACCAAUGACGGCAGAGCUGCCAUUCAAGGUGCUAUCCUCCCAUUGGGAGCAACUUGGGGUUCAGUGUCUUGCCCAAGGACACUUCGGCAUGUGGAGUCGUGUGGGACGGGAAUCGACCCACCAAGCCUGCGAUUAGUGGACAACCCGCUCUACCACCUGAGCCACUUUUGAUACUCACUGUUUCAAAAGUAUAGCUACAAUACAUGAAGGUUAUGCGUGUAAACAUGAUUUUAGUGUGCUAAAAUCACUUCCUAACCUUUUCUGUGUAAAGUUAAAGCCCAUUCGUUGCCAUGAUGAUGAUGAUGUAAUGUCAACAAACCCUAAUAUGACUGUAAAAAUGACAAUUUAAACAACUUUAGAGCUCAAAUAACACAUGAGUUUUAACAGAAUAAUUAAUGUAAGUGCAUUUAUAAAAUUAUAAAGUUCACAUUUCUGCCUUUAAAACCCUCCAAAAAUUGCCCCCAUUCACUUCCACUGUAAGUGCCUCAUUAUAACCCAGAUUUGUGCUUUUUUUUUAAAAGAAAAGGACGGACGAGUCGAAAUACAUUUUUGUUGUAAUCAACAUUAUGCCACAAAUGCUGUUAAUUGAGCUGAACUUGUAUUAGAUCUGGAAUAUCCCUUUAACAUCUAUCAAAUACAUAUUAGAUAUUUUUUCUGUCAUAUAUAAACAUGCUAUAAAAUAGGCUAUGAAUUAAAUGUUUUUCUUUUGUGUGCAAAAUUCUUAAAACAGAAAAAAACCUACAGGGCAGAAUAAUUUUUUAUAUUGAUAAACACCAGCAGAAAUUCUAGAAAUAAUGUUUUGAUAUUUUAAAACAUAUUUCAAGGCUCAUAAAAGGAACACAACAGAGACGUUUUUGUGUUUUGUUUGUUAUUGAGAGAGCAGUACAACACAUUUAAGUGUAUGUAAUACUUACUACUGACUUUAAUGGGUCACUCAGCCUAAUCUUGCCUCUAUCAUACUGAAAUUCUUGGGCCAGAUGGUUUUCUUUUUCCUACUUAAAAUAAAAGCCGUGUCCAUUUCUGUCAUAUUAAGUUCAGAACUCGGAAAUAAAAAUGUAUCAAAACAUUGAGGUAUUCAGAGGGUAGAAACCGCAAGCAAUAAUAAAGCCACAGAUACUAAAUAGAGGAUCUAUUUUUCAGUGUUAUUCACAUUGCUCAUCGAUCCAAAAAUGCACACACUCCUCACACAUGUUGGCGUCUGGGGAACCAGUCCAUUGAGUUUGUUAAAUAAGGGGCUACUAGAACAUUCCGCAAAGUUUAAUUCCUUGAGAUCAACAGCAUGUUUUCUUACAGACGCUCCCUGCUGCCGGUACAGGGGAGUGUCUUUUUUCAAGUGUAUCACUGACUGUUUGUAAUUUGAUGCUUUGUUUCUCAACCAUCUUUUCAUUAAAUAUAUUUAUAGCCAACCUAUGAUGUUUUUACUUAGCUGGUGUUUGUCAUUUGAGUGUUACGUCACAAAACAUUUGGAAGCUUCUGAUAUUUACUUUACAAACCACAAAUCAUUUUAAAUCACUUUUCUUUUUUUUUCUACAGUUUUCCUCUCCUGGAGACUUUUUUUUUUUAUUGUUGAGCUCAGAUAAUUAAGACUAUACGGAGGACUUGGAGAAACACUUAAUAAUUAAAGUAAGAAAUCAAUGAUCGAUUUAUUCAUUCAAACAUAAAAAUGUUAAUACACGAGUCACUUUUUAAGGCAC